AUUUUGGUGGGCUGUUUUAAAACUUGUAAGCUCAGAAUCAGCUGGCAACGUGUUCUUAUCAGUUGGUUAUCAGUUAUCGCCGGGUUGUCGUGCUCUUCAGUGCAGUCUUCUCCGCUUCAAGUCUUGUUUCCAUCGAAAGUUUAUCUGCUAAUUUAAAAUUUAGAUGAGUGCCUUACUUACCUAGUGCUCACUAGAUAGUUGGUGGCUGCUUUUAUAUCUGACUAAUAUUCAAACUACCUGCAGCAAGUCCCUGUGAAUAUUAUUAUGAAAAUGAACAACAUUUGACUCACUUAUCUUUUUAAUUAGAACUGUCCAUGCCUGGCCAUUUCAAAAAGUGAAGAUGUCUCGAAGCUUCACCGAGUGGUCAAUAUGUUUUGGUGUGUUUUUAAUUCAGUGCAACUUCAUAAGUGGGUUGUGUGACCUGACAUCGACAACACCCUGCAAUAAUGAGAUUGAUAGCACUCCAUACAAACCUACUUGGGAAAGUCUGGAUAAAAGACCUCUACCAACAUGGUAUGAUGAGGCAAAAUUUGGAAUUUUCGUUCAUUGGGGCGUGUUUUCAGUGCCUUCUUUUAAAACAGAAUGGUUUUGGAGUAAUUGGAAAGGGGAGAAGCCCAGUAAAAUAGUGGUGGAUUUGAUGAACAAAAACUACCGCCCUAAUUUUACUUAUCAAGAGUUUGCCAAAGAUUUUACGGCUGAGUUUUUUGACCCCAAUGAGUGGGUGGACUUGUUUAAAGCAUCUGGAGCCAAAUAUGUUGUGCUCACAUCUAAACACCAUGAAGGCUUUACUCUUUGGCCUUCAAAGUACUCUUUUAGUUGGAAUGCAGUUGACAUUGGACCACACAGGGAUCUAGUAGGAGAUUUGGCUCACGCUGUCCGCACAAGGUCCAAUAUGACAUUUGGACUUUACCAUUCUCUAUUUGAGUGGUUCAAUCCACUUUGGCUGGAUGAUCUCAAGUCUAACUUGACAACGCAAAACUUCGCCAAAUUUAAAACCGUUCCUGAACUGUAUGAGCUGGUGGAGAAGUACAAGCCAGAGGUAAUUUGGUCUGACGGUGAGUGGUGGGCUCCGUCUGAAUAUUGGACAUCGCAGGAAUUUUUGGCUUGGUUGUACAACUCUAGCCCUGUCAAAGACACAGUCGUUGUUAACGACCGAUGGGGACAUGAAACACUGUGUCAUCAUGGAGGUUUCUACACUUGUGCGGAUCAUUACAACCCUGGAAAACUACAAAAAUAUAAAUUUGAAAAUGCCAUGACAAUUGACAAGCAGUCUUGGGGAUAUCGUCGCAAUGCGAAAUUGUCAGAAUACUACACCAGUGAAGAGUUAAUAGCAGAGUUAGUUACUACUGUCAGUUGUGGAGGAAAUUUUCUCCUGAAUGUUGGACCAACAAAAGAGGGUGUCAUAACUCCAAUCUUUCAAGAAAGGUUACUGGACCUUGGCACCUGGUUCAACACCAGUGGAGAAGCAAUUUAUGGUUCAAAGCCUUGGGAAAGAUGUCAAAAUGAUACUUUAACAGGGAAUGUGUGGUAUACAUCAGUUUCUCGAAGUAAUUCGCAGUACUUGUACGCCAUAUCGUUAAGUUGGCCAAGAGAUGGUAUAUUAUCACUAGCAUGUAUCAAAGGCCUGAAAAUAGCCGAGCCAGUGCUUCUCCUUGGUUAUGACAAACCCAUCAAGUUUUCAGAAGAAGCUGAUGCAGUGAAGCUUUACUUUCCAUCAAAGGCAGAAACUGAUAUGAAAAUGGGCUACACGUUCAAGUUCACGUUCGCGUUCAACCAAAAAUGAGACACCUCUAUGAGAUAUCUUCAUAAGUAAAAGAAGAUGAAAGUACUAUUUGCGUAUAUUUGAAAGUGACAUUAUGAAAUAAGUACCUAAAUUUAUGUUUAAAGUAUUUAAUUCCUGUUGAAAGAUUUUCUGCGCUUCCAUUGAAGUGUGCUUCUUCCGUUUUGUAUAUAUAAUUGGACGUAUUUCUGCCAAACGGAACUAUGUGCAUUAAGACAUAAGCCCUGAGACCUAUAGGAAUACAUGCACAACAGGGCUCACAUCAUAAUGCACAUAGUUCCGUUUGGCAGAAAUGCGUCCAAUUACUUUUAAAAAAAAGUUGUACUCCCUGAAUUGACUGCAGAGGUGUAUAAACUAAUUUACUUUUUGCAUCUUCCUCCCUUCAUUUUUCUGAGGGUCCCAGUGGAAGAAAAUCAAAAUCAAUUUUUUGUUUUUUCACAGUCUUAAAUAGUCCAUAGGAGGAGAUGAAUUGAUGGCCAACAUUGAUUGAUUCAUUGAUUGAUUUAUUAACAAUUCCAUAUGACUAUUUCUUUGCCGAUGCAUUUUCAAAGUAUGUCAAACUGAAUUCACUUAGAACAUUCUUACUCACUCUAGUUAAAUUACUGGACACUGGUUGUUCCCAAUGGUGUUUUUAGUAUGUAUGCAGACAAACAAAGUAGAAUAAAUAAAGAGAAGAAUGAUAUGAA